AUGUUGUUGAGCCGCUUCAUCACCACGGCCAUCGCGCUCGCCGGUGCGGUUUCGGCUUGUCCCGGAAUCGACCAUGCCCAAGGCCUUGCUCCUCGGAAAGUUGAUCACUCCAUUCAGCCCAGUGGAGGCAACAGUCUGCUCCGUGAACUGACUUGGGGCGAUCUGGCCGUAAUUGCGACAACUGACAUCCACGGCUGGUAUAUGGGUCACAUGAAGAAGAGUUAUCCGGAGCCUAACUAUUCCGGCGAUUGGGGCGACUUUGCGUCCUUUGUCAAGCACAUGCGCAAGCUUGCCAAGAAGAAGGGUGUCGAUCUGCUCCUUGUCGACUCUGGUGACCUUCACGACGGUGCUGGUUUGAGUGACGGUUUCCCUGCAGGCCAGGUCGACGGCCAAGUCUCUAACCAAUUCCAUGCCAAGGUCAAGUACGAUCUCUUGACCGUCGGCAACCACGAGCUGUACAAGUACAAUGUUGCCUGGAACACGCUGCAAGAAUUUGUGCCUGAAGCUCGCAGUCGUUACCUGGGCUCCAACGUCAACAUCAGUCAUGCUGCGCCCCGCGGUGGCAACAACGUCUCAUACACCUAUGGCGAACGGUUUGUCAAGUUCAAGACCGACCAUGGCCGAAAGGUCACCUCGCUCGGCGUCCUCUUCAACUUUACCGGUGCCGACAGCGGCAUUACCGUCCAAGACCCUGCUCAGAUGGUUCUCGAGCCCUGGUUCAUCGACGCCAUCCAGGAGCAGCCUGAUGUCUUCCUGAUCGCUGGCCACAUGCCCGUCCGCAAGGAUCAAUUUCCCGUCGUGGUUAAUGCGAUCCGCAAAGUGCACCCGAUCACACCGAUCAUGAUCCUCGGCGGCCACUCGCACAUUCGCGACUGCACCCAGUACGACAAGUACUCUAUGGGUAUCGAGUCGGGCCGAUACCUCGAGACGAUCGGCUGGAUGUCGAUGAACUUUACCAACAACGGUCCCACCUUCAGCCGCACCUAUAUCGACGCCAACCGACGCAAUUACGCCUUCCACGCAGGUCUCGCUGCCAAGCCUGAAAAGUUCGACACGGCCCUGGGAAGGAAGAUCACCAAGCAGAUGAACCAAGUCGCCGAUGCCUGGAAUCUCUCUCACGUUUAUGGUGUUGCUCCCCAGGAUUACUACCUCCAGCGUGUCCCCAUCAACGACAGCUCAUCUCUGAUCAACUUUAUGACCAACAAGGUGCUGCCCACCGUCAUCUCGACCUCGAAUCCGGAACGCAAAGGGGUGCCCAACAUUGUCAUCGCCAACACGGGCUCGCAGCGAUUCGACCUGUAUGCAGGUCCUUUCACCAAGAACGACCAGUACAUUGUCUCGCCCUUCACCGACGCUUUCCAGUAUAUUAAGGAUGUGCCGUACAAGUACGCUAGCCAGGUCAUUCACAAGCUCAACGGUGACAGGGUCGCUCAGGCUACCAGCCGUAGGCGCGAUCUCGAAGGCGCUGAGAGCGAACAGGAGCUCUACGCUAAGGGACACGUCUCUCACAUCUACAACCGCUGGAUCCAGGAUCAGCACGUUUUUGCUUCGGCUCACAACGCGGCAGCUCGUGACCUGGCCAUAUUGGACGCUCGAGCAGCUGAAGCUCAAGCGAACCGCACGCUCGGCUACGUCACCAAGGACCAAUGUCCAGGGGAUGGAGACGACACCGUGCACAGCGCUAUUCCCUUCGCUUCGGUUCCCGACUACGUUCAGAGCCCUGUCACCGGUCAGAACGUAAGCGACACGGACAAGGUCGACGUCAUCUUCCUCGACUUUAUCGCCAAGAACGUCGUGAGAAUUCUCAACAGCGUCCAAACUGAAACGACGUACUCGCUGAGCGAUGUCGCUGCUUACAACCAGUACACUACGCAGGACAUCUACCCGCUUUACGCUGAACAGAUCUGGGCCAACAACUCUACCUCUGCCUGA